UAAAGGGAGGCAGGAGCUGCACUUUGCCGACGAGCAUCUCUGCCGUCCUGCUUCACUACAGUAAUCACUGCCCCCUCCUCCUCCUCCUCCUCCCUCCUUCCUCUCGGAUCUGCGAAAAUACACGGGGACUUCACUGGGAAAGGCAGAGUUCAUCAAUGUAACUCCGGUCAGUCCGAAGCUGCGCCGUUUACCUGGAUAAGUCCAUCCCGACGAGAAGAGAGAGAGUGACACAAGAGAGCAAGAGAAAGAAGAAGAAAGAAGAAGAAGAAGAAGAAGAAGAAGGAGAAGAAGACAAGCCGAGUGGAGUGUCGACGCGAAAUUGUGAAGGGGGAAAAAAAAAGAGAAGAAUAUGAUUGUCAAGCAGCAUCUGAUCUUCAUCCUUUACAGCCUCUGUGCAAACGUCUUCAAAGUGGCUGGGACAAAAAGCAAAGGGAAAGGUAGCCAAGGUCAGUUCCCCAUAACUCAGAAUGUGACGGUGGUGGAGGGGGGCACAGCCAACAUGACCUGCCGUGUGGAUUACAAUGAUAACACUUCCCUCCAGUGGUCAAACCCCGCACAACAGACCCUGUUCUUCGGGGACAAGAAAGCUCUGAGAGACCACAGAAUCGAGCUGGUGCGAGCCUCGUGGCAGGAGCUCACCAUCAGAAUCGGUGACGUCAGCCUGUCAGAUGAGGGCCAGUACACCUGCUCGCUCUUCACCAUGCCUGUCAAGACCACCAAGGCCUUUCUCACUGUUCUGGGAGUGCCAGGACGGCCGGAGAUCACAGGAUUCACCAAGCCGGCCAUGGAGGGGGACGUGAUCACGCUGACGUGCACCACGUCAGGCAGCAAACCAGCUGCCAUCAUCCGGUGGUUCCGAAAUGACAAGGAGGUCCACGGUACAAAAGAGAUAAAUGCCACAGGUAAAUCCUUCACAGUGAGGAGCAGCCUCCAGUUCCAGGUGGACAGACGAGAAGACGGCAUCGCCUACACCUGUAGUGUGGAGCAUGUGUCCCUGUCCAACCCCUACAUGACCACAGAGGUUCUGGAGGUCCACUAUGCUCCGCAGCUGGAGAUUAUACAUUCUUUGAUAAUUCCACAGGAAGGGCAGUACUUCAAAUUGGAAUGUGUUUCCAUAGGCAACCCAAUACCUGAACCGGUGAUGUGGUCUAAAGACGGAGGAGAGCUGCCUGACAUUGAGCGCAUGAUCGUGGAGGGCAGAGAGUUAACCAUCACCACGCUAAACAAAACAGACAACGGCACAUAUCGCUGCGAGGCGAGCAACCCCCUGGGGACGAGCAGUGCUGAAUAUGUACUGUUUGUAUAUGCCAAAGACUUUCCAGGGCCUACGACAGAUCCAAAUGCUCUGGGACAACACGGACCUGACCACGCUUUAAUCGGGGGCGUCGUUGCCGUCGUGGUGUUCAUCACCUUGUGCUUGAUAAUCGUUCUUGGGAGAUAUCUGGCCAGACAUAAAGGCACAUAUCUAACGCAUGAGGCCAAAGGAGCAGAGGACGCCCCGGACGCAGACACAGCCAUCAUCAACGCCGAGGGAAACCACGUGCACGCAGAGGAAAAGAAAGAGUACUUCAUUUAGACUUCUGGGCCCUUCUCGUUUUGUGUUUUCGAACGACAGCAAACAUGCAAUUUUCAACUGCCUCACUGCAUCACACGUUUUACUUAAUAUUCACGUUACAUAAUUUGGUCUGCUACAGAAAGUUCAUGCUCAGUUAAAGCUUGUUUAUCAAAGCAUUUGCUGAAGAGUUAGCCUUCUCCUUUUGUAAUCACGUGUGUCCCAUGAUGCGACUGGAUUUUGUCCAUUUUGUUUUUACAGUGCCUAAAUGCUGUAUAUUUUUUCCUGCUUUCCUUUAUCGCUAUACUCAGAUUUUGUUUCAUUCAUUCAUUCAUUCA